AUGAAGUGCGACUGUGUAAAUCGGAUUCUAUCGACGGGUUUUCGUCAUUUGGGACAUUUUAUUGGAUUGCAUCCAGUAUGGUUUAUUGUAAUACCGAUAUUAUUAACAACAUUCCUUGGAUUAGGAUUUAUUCGUAUGAAAAUUGUGACAGAUAUAGAAUAUCUAUACAGUCCUAUAAAUGGUAGAGCAACUCAGGAGAGAGAUGCUGUUGAAUCUUUGUUUCCUCCCGAUCUCACUACAGAUUAUGACUUUUUGAGAGAUACCAGAUUAAGAAAGUGCGGAAAUGUGAUCUGCACCGCUAAAAAUGGCGGAACUAUGCUAAAAUCGAGUAUAUUCGACGAUAUUAUCGCAUUAGAUAAAGAAAUAAGCAACAUAAGUAUCAUUUGGAAUAAUACAAUUUAUACAUAUUCCGACUUAUGUUGUAAAUCCCAUGGAAAGUGUUAUGUAAAUGGAAUUUUAGCUCUCAGAGAUAUAGUAGAUCGAGUCAGAGAAAAUAAAAUUAAACUAAGAGCAUUCUUAAAUGACAAGAAUUUGGCAUACACCGUAACUGACUAUGGAGCAAACUUAGGAGGAAUAACAAUGAAACAAGAUGACUUUCUGGAAGAUAUUAAAGCUAUCAGAUUAUUUUACCUAUUGGAUGACAGUACCGAACAUAAGAAAAUGCUAGCAGAAUUAUGGGAAAAUGAAUUUAUUGAUGUAGUUUCAAAGUUACAUUAUAAAACUAUCGAAGUUUAUCGAUUUACAAGGAGUUCCUUCAACAGCGAAUCCAGUCGAGUCACAGAAAUGUCGUUUCCUCUUUUACUCGUAUGUGUACCCGCUAUGGUAAUAUUUGCCGUUGUGAAUUGCAUGACCAUAGAUUGGAUCACCAGCAAACCAUGGAUUGGAGUCGCAGGAUGCUUAAAUUCUGGUUUCGCAAUCGUUGCAUCAUUUGGUUUCUUAAUAUGGUGCGGAUUAGAAUAUCUUGAUCUGAAUAUAUCUAUCACAUUUUUAAUUAUAGGUGUAGGACUAGAUGACUCCUUUGUUAUCCUUGCUGCCUGGAGGAGAACAGAUCCAAAGAAGAGUGUACCGGAAAGACUCGCUGAAACAUAUUCCGAAGCUGCCAUAUCCAUCACAAUCACAUCAGUAACAAACAUAAUCUCAUUUUGUGCUGGAAUGUUAACACCAUACAGGAUUGUAAAUAUCUUCUCCAUUUAUAUGGCUGUUAGUGUGCUUUUUGAUUUCCUUUUCCAAAUCACUUUCUUCGGCGGAUGCAUGGCAAUCAGCGGUUAUCGUGAAAGUAGAAAACUUCAUGCCGUAUUUUGCAUGGCUAUAAAACCCGAUAUGAGAUCUAGAAGCUACAUAUAUCGUUUACUUACUUAUGGAAUCAUACACGAGAGCAAUAAAAACUGCGAAGAGAAUUCUGGAAAUCUGCUUAUGUUAUUUUACAGAGAUAUAUUAGGCAAAUUUCUCUGUUUGAAGUGGAUAAAAGCUUUAAUACUUGCAUUUUUCUUCGUUUAUAUAUGUGGAGCCGUAUAUUCUUUCAGAUGGAUACAAGAAGGAUUAAGAUAUCAAGAUGUAUUACCUCAUAACUCUUUUGGAAUGAAAUAUUCAAUACAACAUUAUAAAUACUUUACACAAUACCCUCAGCGGAUACAAGUAAUCAUCAACAACACUUUAGAUUAUUCCGAUCCAAAAGUGCAACAAGAAUUGAAAGAAUUCAUCCAUGAGUUUGAAGAGAUUCCGUUAGUGGUAGGAGGAUUAUUUACAGAAUUCUGGUUAAAAUAUUAUUUAAAAUUUCUUAAAGAUAAACGCUAUUGGUUUUCUCAUGCCGGUUACAAUAUGAGCGAUCCUGAUGAUUUUAUCGAUUGUCUUCGUGACGUUUUCCUAAAAUUUCCAUGGGCUCAAAAUUUAAAGAAAGACAUAUUGUUUAGUAAGGACGGUAAGAAGAUUAUUGCAACGCGAUUUCUUCUAGGAAGUCAAAAUGUAGUAGAUACAAAUGCAGAAAAGGAAUUGUUACAAAGUUUAUGGAAAGUUACAGAUUCUUUCAAGUACAAAUCUUACGUUCAUCAAUUUUGGUUUAUAAUAUUUAAUCAACAUAUCGACAUCAAAGAUACGACCAUACAGACUCUUUGCAUUGCUGCAGUUUUGGUGACUUUAGUUUUUACGUUGUUCUUACCAAACAUACCUUGCGUGUUGUGCAUCGCAUUUACUAUUGUUUCCAUAGAAAUUGGAUUGGUUGGUUACAUGUCAGCUUGGAACGUACACAUAGACGAUAUAUCUAUGAUAGUUCUUAUCAUGUCUACGGGAUUUUGUGUAGAUUAUGCAUCACACAUAUCAUAUGCAUAUGUAAGUUGUGCAAGUGAGGAUGUUAACAUAAAACUAAGAAGUGCUCUUUAUGCUGCUGGUCAUCCGAUUGUACAGGGUUGUAUCUCGAGUAUAUUAGGGACUUUAGUAUUUUAUUUCGGCGCUUCUAAUGUUUUCAUUGUAUUUUUAAAAAUUGUUUUUCUAGUGAUGUCCUUUGCACUUUUUCACGGUUUGUUUUUCUUACCAGUUAUAUUGAGUAUUUGGGAUAGUGUCUACUAUAAAAUAAAACAUUUUGAGGCUAUAGUUGGAAAUUAUUAUCAAUGA